AUGGCAUUUUUAUGUAAAUCAAAUGAUAAUACAAAAGUAUCAAUGGAGAUUGAAAAAUCAAUCAAAGAUGAUAAAAGGACAUUUUUAGGUAUUACACAAGUACUAUUACUUGGAGCAGGUGAGUCUGGUAAAUCAACAAUUUUCAAACAAUUAAAAAUUUUACAAGAAAAUGGUCUUUGGACAACAAAAGAGUUACAAGAAUUUAGUAAUACAAUUUAUAUAAAUAUAAUAACUCAAUUGCAAGUUUUAAUUAAUGCUGCUGAAAGUAUUGGUAUUCAAUUACAACCUGAAAAUAUACAACUUUCAAAAGAUUAUUUAGAAUUAAAUCAUUCAUCAGUUACAUGGACAAAAGAAAUUGGAGAGAAUAGUGUAAGAUUAUGGAAUGAUUCAGGUAUAAAGAGUACAUUUGAAAAGAGAGAUAAAGAAUUUCAAUUAAAUGAUUCAGCAGAAUAUUUCUUUAAUAAUUUACAACGUGUUACCCAAGAUAAUUACAUUCCAACACCACAAGAUGCAUUAAGAGCAAGAGUUACUACAAAAGGUAUCAUUGAAGCAGAUGUUACUUUUGAUAAUAUAAAUAUGAAAAUUAUCGAUGUUGGUGGUCAAAGAUCACAAAGAAGAAAAUGGAUUCAUUGUUUUGAUAAAGUUUCUGCUGUAAUUUAUGUUGCUGGUUUAAGUGAAUAUGAUCAAGCAUUAAGAGAAGAUAUAAAUGUAAAUAAAAUGGAUGAAUCAUUAAGUUUAUUUAAAGAAAUUUGUAAUAGUAAAUGGUUUGAUUCAAGUUCAAUUAUUCUCUUUUUGAAUAAAAAAGAUAUGUUUAUUGAAAAAUUAAAAAGAGUACCAUUCAAAACUUAUGAUAAAAAAUAUACUGGUGAAAAUAGUUUUGAAGCAGUUUCACUUCACAUUCAAAGAAAAUUUGAAUCUGUUAAAAUUGAUCCAAAUAAGAAAAUUUAUACUCAUUUCACAAUAGCUGUAGAUACUGAAAAUAUUGAAUUUGUAUUUAAAGUAAUAAAGAAAAUUAUAGUUGGUCAUGUUAUGGAUCUUGUUUAA